UUUUGUGAGCUUUAAUUAGAAUUGUCUUUGUAAGUGGAUUUAAUAAUAUCAUUAAUGUAUUGCUGAUGUGACCAUACUUGAAAAGUAUAUAAGAAGAUGCGCUCGAUUCGUUUGUCAAUCAAACAGUUCGUCAAUUUUCUUCAAUUGACACGUUUACAGUACAAUUUUGAUAGUUCGAAGCUGGAAAAAUGUUGGGUCAAAGAUCUUUUAUACUGCUGUUCGUUGGCUUGGUGGUAUCGGAGUUCCUGAUCGUGGAUGUGAGUGGAACACCAUCUGGGAGAACCGUAUACAAAAAUGGAAAAACAGCUCUGCAUAAUGCUGCUCAGAAUGGUGAUGUAAAGGAAGCUGAAAAACUCAUCGCUGAAAACUCAUCCCUUGUUAACAGUAGAGAUAACUCGAAUGAGACACCUCUUCAUGAAGCCGCUUUCCAUGGUCGCAAGAAUAUUGCUGAACUUCUCAUCCGUGCAGGAGCCUUUGUUAAUAGUGUGGAUAAUGCCCUUUUGACACCUCUUCAUAUAGCUGCUUUCAAAGGUCAUAAGAAUUUCGCUGAACUUCUACUCAAUAAUUCAGCUAAUUAUAAAAUGAAAAAUCAAUGGGGAGAAACACCCCUUGAAAUAGCAACUAAGCGGGGUCAAACGGAUAUCGCUAAACUUCUCAAGGGCAAAGGAGCCGUUGAAUAAUAAAUAAAAUGAAAAUUGCAUACUCCAAUGAAUCAACGCUGUGAAGAGCACAUCACAUUCAAAUAAAAUGUUUGUUGAAGAAAUCCAGCGAGAGAAUUUCUGACAGAUUUUUUUUCUUCUGUUUUAUAUAUCCCAGAUUAUAAAUACUUAUUUCCGUAUGUGUACACUGUACAAGUACAUUCAUUGGAAUCUCAGAAUAGUAGAAAAACUGUCCAUAUCUCU